AUGAUGGAUUCUCCAGAAAUGGAGGUGGAAGUGGAGUUGGAAACCAGCCGUGGAAGUUCUGAAGUAGUCAAUACGACGAAUCCUGAAUUGUCAGCAGCUGAGGCCCCCUUUUCUUUUAGAUCAUUUUUUGGUUUUGAUGAUUUAAAAAUGGAACCUGGUGAAAUUGGACCAGAUGCGGAUGCACUAGCUGCGCAGAUCCUUUCUUUACUUCCAUUAAAGUUUUUCCCAAUCAUCGUCAUUGGAAUUAUUGCACUAAUCAUAGCAGUGGCCAUUGGUUUGGGCAUACACUUCAAUUGCUCUGGGAAAUACAGGUGCAGAUCAUCUUUUCAAUGUAUUGAACUGACAGCAAAGUGUGAUGGUAUCUACAACUGUAAAGAUGGAGAGGAUGAAUACAGAUGUGUCCGUGUGAGUGGACAUAAUGCUGUGCUUCAGGUAUUUGUUGCUGCUGCAUGGAGAACUAUGUGUUCAGAUGAUUGGAAAGGUCAAUAUGGACCUAUAGCCUGUGAACAAUUAGGUUUCUCAAGCUAUAUAAGUUCACGCGCUAUGAGGGUAGAAGCAGUUGAGGAGGAGUUGCAAGAAGAAUUUGUUUCCAUUAAUCAUCUUAUACCAGAAAAUAAGGUGACCUCUUUACACCAUGCAGUAUAUGUAAGGGAGAAAUGCUCUUCUGGACGUGUAAUCAUCUUAAAGUGUGUGACCUGUGGUCUGAGGAUAGGCUAUACCCCACGCAUAGUUGGUGGAAACAUGUCAUCACUUAUGCAAUGGCCCUGGCAAGUGAGCCUCCAAUUCCAGGGAUAUCAUCUCUGUGGUGGUUCUCUCAUCACUCCUGUGUGGAUUGUCACUGCUGCCCACUGUGUUUAUGACCUGUACAUGCCCAGUUCAUGGACCAUACAAGUAGGUCUGGUGACCUUAAUAGAUACACCAGCUCCUUCUUAUUCAGUGGACAAAAUCAUAUACCACAGCAAGUAUAAGCCAAAGAGACUGGGGAAUGACAUUGCACUAAUGAAACUAGCCAUGCCUCUCACUUUCAAUGAUAUGAUUCAGCCAAUUUGUCUACCUAAUUCUGAAGAGGAUUUUCCUGAUGGGAAAAUGUGCUGGACAUCAGGGUGGGGGGCCACAGAGGAGGGAGGAGAUGCCUCACCAGUCUUGAACCAUGCUGCAGUUCCUUUAAUUUCAAACAAAGUUUGUAAUCAUAAGGAUGUGUAUGGUGGAAUCAUUGCUCCUUCAAUGCUUUGUGCUGGCUACUUAAAGGGCGGUGUGGACAGUUGUCAGGGUGACAGUGGAGGACCUUUAGUUUGUGAAGAGAUGAAGAUCUGGAAGUUGGUGGGUGCUACCAGCUUUGGAAUUGGCUGUGCUGAUGUAAAUAAACCAGGAGUCUACACUCGUAUCACUUCUUUUCUGGACUGGAUACAUGAACAGAUGGAGAGGGAACUAAAAACUUGAAGACUACAUGGAUGAGCAAAAGGAUUUUUUUUUCUCACCUUCAAUUCCCACUGUACAGAAAGUUGUACUGUCCUACUUUGGAAGUAAAAUUUUA